AUGGGUGAUAAUUCAUUAAAAGUCCCCAUGAUUUUAUUUGCGGAAAAUCGUAAAAGAUUAUGCAAGAAACUUAUGGAAAAUGAAAAUAUUCCAAAAGGUUCUGUCGUUUUAUUACAAGGAGGAGAUUCGAUAAAUCAUUACAAUACCGACGUAGAAUAUGUUUUCCGUCAGGAACCUUUUUUCAAUUGGACAUUCGGUGUACGCGAACCUGGAUGUUAUGGUGCCAUAGUUGUAGAUAAGGGUGAAAGCAUACUUUUUGUACCACGUCUUCCGGACGUAUAUGCGACUUGGUGCGGUCCAUUAAAAACUUUAUGCGAAUUCAAACAAUUGUACGAAACGGAUAGAGUCACUUAUGUGGAUCAGUCCGGUCUUAAUACCGACAGCAAUCUAACGAUGAAUCCAGCUGUUUUUGAUGGGAUCGAUGAGUUCCAAACGGAUUGUAAGCUUCUUUAUCCGAUAAUAACCGAAUUGAGAGUGAUAAAAACUCCGCAAGAAAUCGAAGUGAUCAGGUACACGAAUCGCAUUUCCUCGGAGGCACACAAACAAGUGAUGAGAAGGAUAAAACCGGGAAUGAAAGAAUAUCAAUGCGAGUCGAUUUUCCUGGAUUAUUGUUAUUUCGUCGGUGGAUGCAGGCACGUUAGUUACACUUGCAUAUGUGGAAGCGGAAUCAACGGAAGCAUACUUCAUUAUGGUCAUGCGGGUGCACCGAACGAUAGAACGAUACGUGAUGGCGACAUGUGUUUGUUCGACAUGGGUUGUUCUUAUUGCGGAUACGCGUCGGACAUAACGUGUUCUUUUCCGGCGAACGGAAUUUUCACGGAUGAUCAAAAACUCAUUUACAAUGCUGUUUUGGCGGCGAGAGAUGCCGUUUUGUCAAAAGCGAAACCGGGUGUCUCGUGGUGUCGCAUGCAUUUCAAAGCCAAUAAAGUAAUGCUGACGAAAUUGAAAGAAGGAGGACUUUUGACGGGUGACGUUUCCGAAAUGAUUGAAGCAGAACUAGGGGCUGUGUUUCAACCUCACGGUUUGGGUCAUUUGAUGGGAUGCGACGUCCACGAUGUCGGCGGAUACAUGGAAGGAACUCCCGAAAGACCGGAAGCGGCGGGUUUCAGCUCGUUGAGAACAGCUCGGAUUUUGGAACCUGGAAUGGUUUUAACCGUCGAACCCGGAUGUUACUUUAUUCCUUGGAUUUUAGAAAAAGCUUUGGCAAAUCCAAAACAAAAUAAAUUUUUGGUUCCGAAAGCAAUCAAACGUUUUUGGAAUUUCGGCGGAGUUCGAAUCGAAGACGAUGUCGUCAUAACCGAAAAAGGAGUGGAAAAUUUAACGGUCGUACCAAGAACGUGA